AUGUCGGAUCUACUACCACUAGCCACCUACAACUUGAAGGUUGAGCCAUACUCUCCAACUCCUGCUGUGGACGUCACUGUUCCAGUUACCGUGAGAAUCACCUUGGCUGCCGUUGACCCAGACGCCGUGGACGAUGAAGAAAAGCCAUCGACCUUGAGAAUCAUCAAGAGAAACCCAGACUUCGACGAUGACGAGGAUGACAUCUUGGGAGGCGAUUUCAACGAAGACGAGCUAGACGAUGAGUCUGAGGAGGAAGAACAACAGCCGGAAGAACAGCAACCAGCCAAGAAGAGCAAGAAGAGCAAGAAACAGCAGGAAGCUGAAAAGCAGCAAGAGGAAGAAGAGCAAGAAGAAGAGGAGGAGGACGACGAGGACGAAGAAGACGACGAGGAAUUCCAGGAAUACGUGGUGUUGACCUUGUCGCCAAAGGUUCAGUUCCAGCAGACCCUGGAUCUGGUCAUUGCCCCAGAAGAAGAGGUGCAAUUCGUGCUGACCGGUUCCUACCCUAUUUACUUGACCGGUAACUACGUCAAACACCCAUUCGACCAGCCAAGAUACGGCGACGACUCUGAGGAAGACUCCGAGGGCGACGACGAAGAUUACGACAGCGAAGAGUACGAUCUGACGCCCGAUGAGGACGAGAUCUUGGACGACCUAGAAGACGCCAGCGACGUCGAGGGCCGCAUCGAGGAGAUUAUAAAGCAAGAGGAGGACCAGAAAGCCAACAAGGACAAGACUGCGUCUAACAACAAGAGAAAGAAGCAGGAAGACGAGGAAGAGGAGACUCAAGCUGCUUCGGAGUCUCCAAAAGAGACCAAGAAGGCCAAGAAGGACAAGAAGGAGAAAAAAGUUGAAUUCAAAAAAGACCUUGAAGAGGGUCCUUCCAAGAAGGCCACUAAGGACGAAAAGCCCAAGACCAAGGUCCUAGAGGGCGGUGUCAUCGUCGAGGACCGCGUUGUGGGCAAAGGCAAAGCUGCCAAGAAGGGCUCUAAGGUCGGCAUGAGAUACAUCGGUAAGCUGAAGAACGGCAAGGUCUUCGACAAGAACACCAGCGGGAAGCCUUUCAACUUCAACUUGGGCCGUGGUGAAGUCAUCAAGGGUUGGGACAUCGGUGUUGCCGGUAUGGCCGUCGGUGGUGAACGUAGAAUCGUCAUCCCAGCACCUUACGCCUAUGGAAAGCAGGCCCUACCCGGCUUGCCAGCUAACUCUGAGUUGACUUUCGACGUCAAGUUGGUAUCCAUGAAAUAG